AUGUCCAAGGAGACCACGGGCGACAUCCCCUCGGCGGGCCGCUCGGGCGAGCACAGUCUCGAGACCAACACGGUCAUCGUCGUACUCGGUGCCAGUGGUGAUCUUGCGAAGAAGAAGGUGCGUUCCAAGCCAUGCAUAGAUGAACUGGACUUGGAAGGCAAAUUUGUGGAGUGAUCUAGCGUAUCCGCGGUGUGGCCGUCCCUGCUCAUUCCCGCGCCCCGGAUGAUGACGAUGACGGUCACGGCUCGGGCGGGGUGUGCAGCCCACACCGAGGGACGCCGAUCGGUCAGAGAGGCAGUCGAGCUACUCCGCCCACCUUGCGCCCUGAUGCAUGCAUACACGGUAUUCCUCGAAGAGUAUAGCUAAUCUCGCAUGGUACUAUCUCUUUCGCACAGACCUUCCCCGCCCUUUUCGGGCUGUACAACAACGGCUUCUUGCCCAAGGGCAUCCGCAUCGUCGGCUAUGCCCGCACAAAGAUGGACGAGGAGGUCAGUGUGCAAAUCCCGCCAGUCCUUCACAUUGCUCCUAUGGCUCGAGACAGCCUCUUGUAUCUCCCGUUGCGACGCAUGCUGCCCUUCAGCUUGGAUGCGGCCAACGCCGAAUUGCCGCGGAGUCUACGGCGCCUGUUCCCGCCAUUCGUUGAUCAGCCGCCGCGGUCACUUGCUCGGGUCGCAAGUGCCAAAGGAUGGUCGGACAUCGCUUGCUGUCGGCCUCCCUUCAACUGGGAUCGCACGGAGGACCUGUCAUCAGCCACUCGGUGAUAUGCCGCCGCACGCGGCGAACGGCGCUUCGGACCGCGCCAGUCCGGGCAUACCGGCAACCCACCCGAGCCGGGACUUGUCUUCGCCAACAGCUGCCAGGCAUCGCAGUACGAUAGGACUGAGCUGACACGUGGAACUGCCCCGCCAUUCACAGGAGUACCACAAGCGAGUUGUUCAGUACAUCAAGACCCCAAUUCCGGCCAUGAAGAAGAAGCUCGAGGAAUUCGUCGGCCUCUGCACCUACGUCUCGGGCCAGUACGACGACGAUGAGAGUUUCCAAGGCCUCGAGAAGGAGCUUAAACGCAUCGAAAGCGAAUAUGAGGACAAGGGUUCCAAGAACCGCGUCUUCUACAUGGCCCUGCCCCCGAGCGUGUUCACGACCGUCGCACAGCACCUCAAGACCAACAAUUACUCGGAGGGUGGCAUCAACCGAAUCAUCGUCGAGAAGCCGUUCGGCAAGGACUUGGAGAGCUCGCGUGAAAUGCAGGAGGCGCUUAAGAAACAGUGGAAGGAAGACGAGGUGAGUCGAAUGGAUGCUAGAAGUAUACGUGGACCGCACCGUUGUCUGACGAUGAUGACAACCUGGCACCCCUUGGCAUUUCGUGACAGAUCUACCGAAUCGACCACUACCUCGGAAAGGAGAUGGUCAAAAAUUUACUUGUUCUUCGAUUCGCCAACGUCAUGCUUGAUGCUUCUUUCAACAAGUCGCUCAUCUCGAACGUGCAAAUCACGUUCAAGGAACCUUUCGGUACCGAGGGUCGCGGCGGUUACUUUGACGAGUUCGGAAUCAUCCGUGAUGUUAUGCAAAACCGUGAGCAUUCAGUGAUCUCUGCAUUAAUUUUUCUAGAAAGGCCUUGCAGCUCAUACAGUCGUCGUACUCUCCCUCACAGACUUGUUCCAAGUUCUCAGUAUCCUUACCAUGGAGCGACCUGUGUCAUUCUCGUCCGAGGACAUCCGAGAUGAGAAGGUGCGUUCUUGUGGUCGAUGUGGCUAUUUUCUUGAGCGGGGUUUUAAGUGAGCGUCUUUGGCUUCGUGUUGCAGGUCAAGGUGCUUCGCUAUAUCCCGCCUGUUUCCGUCGACGAGUGCUUGCUCGGGCAAUACACUGGCGCCGAGACCAAGGACGGAAAGAAGCCCGGCUACCUCGAGGAUGAGACUGUACCCAAGGGAUCCAUCUGCCCUACUUUUGCUGCUAUUGUCGUCCACGUCAACAACCCGCGCUGGGAAGGUGUCCCCUUCAUCCUCAAGGCCGGUAAAGGUGAGUGACGACGAGUACGACAGAUUCUCCGUUACAUUGCUCAUACUCCUCGAUUUGUCUGCUCGCACUCCAGCCCUCAACGAACAAAAGACGGAGAUUCGAAUUCAGUACAGGGACGUGACCGACGGUAUCUUCGCCGAGAUUACGCGCAAUGAGCUCGUGAUCCGAGUGCAGCCCAACGAGGCGCUGUACCUCAAGCUCAACGCCAAAGCCCCAGGGUUGGCGAUGCGCACGGUGCCGACCGAGAUGGACUUGACGUACAAGCGCCGCUUCUCGGACCUCAAGAUCCCCGAGGCGUACGAGGCGCUGAUCCUCGAUGCGUUCAAGGGCGACUCGGCCAACUUUGUGCGCGACGACGAGCUCGAUAUUGCGUGGAAGGUUUUCACGCCGCUGCUGCACUACAUUGACGAGAAGAAGCCCAAGCCCGAGCCGUACGAGUACGGAUCGCGUGGGCCAGCAUCGUUGGAGGACUUUGUCAACAAGCACGGUGGCUACACCCGCAGCGAGAAGCCUUACACGUGA